AUGUUUUGUAAAGUUUUCCGGGAACACCCAAACAAUAAACAAAUAAAUACAGGUUGGAGUGUGUGGUCUGUCUGCUCUGUUUCCUGCGGUCCAGGCUUCCAAAGUAGAACACGAUCAUGUUUUCCCCAGUCAGGCGCCUGUGACGGCUCUUGGCAACAACGAAUGGCCUGUAAUCUUCGCGAAUGUUCUGGGGGAUGGAAUACUUGGGGGGUUUGGAGUGAAUGUUCGCGUUUAUGUGGAAAAGGUGUUCGUUCAAGGAGUAGAACCUGCCCAACUGGUGAAAGUUGUCCUGGAUCUUCAACAGAACAAUCAUUUUGUAAUGAGCAGGCAUGUGCAGAACAACAAACGUUAAAUGCUGAGUGGAGUGGUUGGAGUGUUUGGGGCCCUUGCUCAUCAACCUGUGGUAAUGGAGUGCGAAGGCGAACUCGUCACUGCCAGUAUGGGAAUUGUCCCGGAUACCACUUUGAUUCUUCCAUUUGUAAUAAUGGACCAUGUUCUGUUGAGGAUGCAAGUUGGGGAGGCUGGGGAUAUUGGUCUGUCUGUUCUGAAAGCUGUGGACAAGGAUUUAGAAGAAGGGUGCGAAAAUGCUAUGGGGGCGGGCAAUGUCCAGGUAGUGAAUAUGAACGAGAACAAUGUCAAAUUAGGCCAAGCUGUUGAUAGGUAUUUUAAUUUAUAUAU